AUGGCAAAGAUUGUCUUCUUGAUGGCCGAUUAUGGUCAUGAUCCUACAGAAACCUGCGGGCCUUACACGGCUUUCAAAGCCGCUGGAUUCGACGUCAGUUUCGCGACUGAAGCAGGCAAACCACCUCAAUGCGACACCAAGAUGUUGGAGGGCCUUACACAGCGCCUCUUGGGUGCGUCAUCCUCCAUCGUGAAAAAGUAUCGCGUCAUGGCCGAAUCAGAGGAAUGGAAGAACCCCUUGUCAUGGUCCGAUGAGCAAUUCACCCUGGACGCGUUUGAUCUCGUGUUUCUGCCCGGAGGACACGACAAGGCCGUGACUCAAGUCAUUGACUCGGAGAGAGUUCACCAGUUGCUAGUCGACUUCUUCCCCAAGACGAAGAAGCCCGGGAAGAAGGCCGUCGGAGCGGUUUGCCACGGCGUCAUGGUGCUAUCAGAAUCUAAGAAUCCGGAUGGAAGCAGUGUCAUUCGCGACUGCGUGACGACGGCGCUGCCGGCGCGAUUCGAGCAGCUAGCUUUCUGGGGCACUCGCCUCUUCUUGGGAGACUAUUACAAGACGUACGGAGCGGGGAGUGAAAACGUCGAAGACUCGGUGCGAAAAGCGCUGGCGAGUCCUAAACAAUUCAAGAAUAGCAUUGUGCCAUCACCCUUCGUCGUUGAGGAUGACAACUACAACUACGUCACGGCGAGAUUCCCCGGCGACGUGGACCUUUUGUCGCAGAAGCUAGUCCAGUUAGUGCAAGGCCUUUGA